UGCCGCACAUUAAAGUUCUAUCAGUAAUGGGAAGCCCAGGGCCAACAGAAGUAUCCAAGACCAUAACUCUAGCUAAAGAUGCUACCGAUCUUAACUAAAUUGCGUUCGGCCGACAGUCAAAAAGAUAAGAAAGCCUGUCCAAGAAAAAGGUCCGCCAGAACCCCCAAAAAAAAAAAAAGUACUAGCCUUUAGUCUUUACUGAUAGGGUUUCAAGGUUGCCAAUUUACUAGCGUCUGCUAGAAGACGGAUUUUGGCCGGAGCUCUGGAAGCCGGAACAAUGGAUGAGAAAAAGGUGAAUUGUGAUCUGGGACCCAUAGCAAAUUCCAUUGCUGCUGACGACAAGCAUAAAUUUACGAGCUUGGUUAAAGAACAGCUGAAAAAUAGCAAGAAUGGGAUAUGUUCUGUUAGUCUUGGUGAGAUGCUUUCCAGGAUUUGUUUGCACCGGUCAACUGAUUGUGCUAGUGCUCUCCUUGCAGGAGAGACUGGACUCAAAGUAGAUAUUAAUGCAGCACUUAUUCGUGGAGGAUACCCGUUGCACCUUGCUGCUCAUCAUCUGUCAUUUGAGCUAGCAAAGCUGUUUCUUGAACAUGGAGCUCGGACAAAUGUAGUUGCUGAUGAUAAGCUUCCUUUGCAAGUUGCACUUGAUGCAAUAAGCCAUCAUGACUUUAUUGCUGAUUGGACCCCAGAAAAAUCUGUCUUUAAGUUGAUUUAUAUGCUAUGCCUACCAUCUUUGCGUAAACCACUGGAGGUGGUAAAGUUGCUCUCCGCUGGCAUUGACUCUAAAGAUGUUGAGAAAGUAGGCAGCUACUGCGUUGAAGAAGGGAAACUUAUUCAACUGGCUGCUUUGCUUAUGGUGAACAGGGAAAAGCUUCUGGAGCCCCUUCAAGGUUAUGAAGCGGAUGGCUCUAUCCUUGGGCUGUACAUUGCAAACAAGUUGAGUUCAGUGAUCCUUGAGAAGUACCAAUUGAUUGCAGAUGGUAAAUAUCAACAGACUAGGUCUUGCAAGCGGAUGAGGGAUAUGAUGCUCUCUGCGACGACGUUGCUUCAAAUUUUUGAGUGGGCUGGUGAUGCUAUUGAGGAGUAUCAUUUUAGAAUAAAAGAGAUGAGGUUAAGUAAUUCCGUGAUAGCAGAUGAUCUCACUGGCUUGCUUCAGAGGUUUAGAUUUCUCGGGCCAAGUGACCAGAUAAACUGUUCUAUCACGCGUUUGCGAGAGGAUGAGAUAGAUGAACUUGUUAAAUUGAAGCCCCACAAAAAGUCUUCAAUGCAAGGAUUGGUCAAACAAAAUAAGGCUGUAUCAAAUACCCGAACAUUUUCUACAUGCUCUCAGCUUCCUGCACUAGGUCCUUGCCACCUGGUUCGCUCAUUCCAUACUUGUACCGAACCAACAAGUACUUCGGAUCUCAAGCUCUUUAAACCAGUGAAUGGAACCAUCACUCAGGUAAUGAAUCCAGUAAUGCCAAGGUUUAAGAAAGCUGCGAUGCGAGUAUGUGUUCUGGCUUUGGGCAUCAGGAGAAGGAUUCAAUAGCGAGAAUGCACUCGACUGGCGUCUUAUGUGGAGUAGCUGUCAGUACUUGACUGUAUUAAAAACUGUCAACUGGUUUGUUGGUUUUGGUUUUAUGUAUUAAAUUAGAAGCAUUAGGUUUGCCAGGUAAAAGAUCAUUCUGUGUAUUGCUGUCGUAUGCUUUGAAUUCCUGACUACUUUUAAACAAGAUAGUCUGCAUUCCUUUUUUGCUGUCAGGUCCAGAAUUUGAAUUUUUCUUAGUACAGUGUGCUUUUUUC